CCGCUUCUCCCGCCCAACUGGCCAGGCCACCACGGCCACGGCCACGGCCAAGGGACCAAGCCUUGCCCGCGCUCCCGGACGCCCGGGAGGCCCGGGAGCGCGCAGCCCGGCUGCGGACCCGCAACACAGCAGGGCGAAGCUGCUCGGAGGCAGGGAACGUGCUGCACGGCCGGACCAAGAGGCCAAGAGGCGAGGGCCAGCGUGCGCGGGUGGUCGAAAAAAGGGGCCUUGCCCGCUCGCAAGGCCAACGGCAACGGCGGCAAGCGACCGUCCGCACACGGCCUGCCUGCCUGCUGCCGUCCGUCGUCCGUCCGUACAGUCCCCUCGGCCGCCGAUGGGCCAUCAUCCCCUCGCUGCUGGCCCCGGCAAACCACGGACGGCCUGCCUGCCGGCCUGCUUGCCUGCCUGCCUCCCUCCGCCCACAAACUUGCGGCCACAGCAGCUCGCCCCCUUAUACGCUACAACCCACCGCCACGCCCGGGAAGCGCGGCGGCGGUGCCUGCCUGCCUCCACAGACAAAACUGCGGCCACAGCAGCUCGCCCCCGUACCGCUCACCCACCGCCACGCCCGGGGAAGGCGGCGGCGGCGGCCGGUGCCCUGCCUUCCUGCUCCACAUACCAACUGCGGCCACCGCCAGCUCGAUCCCCUGCCGCCACCCCCGCCCCGGCCCGGGAAGGCCUGCGGCGGCGGCGUGCCCUGCCCCAGCUCGAAACCCCUGCCGCCAACCGACCGUCACGGCCGGGGGAAGGCGGGCGCCCAGGCCGCCCGACCGCGACCGCCAUGGGGCCGCCGCCUCGCCCCGCGCGUCUCCCUCUCUCUCAGCCGCUGGCCCGGACCAGCCGCGCCCCCAGUAUAGGGUUAGCGGCGCGGCCGUUCACCCACCACGACCGGGAACAGGUCCUCCCGCUGCUCCUGUCCCACCGGGUGAGGGCUCAGAGGAACUCGGAGCCGAGGUGCCGGAUUCCUUCCCGAAGUCAACCCAGGCGCCCGAGCCUUCCGUCUGCAAUUCUAUCCUCCGCCCCUGGGCUAAGCGACGCCGUCAACCGUUGUACCGGCCUCGGGGACAGACCCCGUUGCAGGGAAAAUCUCGUAAAACCCCCGCCCGCAGCCCCCUCAAAAAUGCCCUGGAAACCGGAAAAGAGGAGCCUGCUCUAACCGGUACAACACCCCAGCCGAUAUGUCAGUCGUAUGCAGACGGUCGGUACGGCCACCGGACGUGGUUUGCUCUGUAUCGAGGAAGCUGUGUCUCAAAGGGAAGGCCCCCUUCAAGCCUCUGGGCGGCCGGCCCCACCGCCCCCGGAGGGAGCGGUUUGGCCGGGCCGUCCGACUGGACCUCCCCCCUUCGACCGUCAGAAAACAGCCGCGUGACUUCCCCUUGCUGGGCACAGUCCGCCUCCCUUGCUCUCGCCGGGCUCGCGUCUAAACGCAGUUUAAGGGUAAAACCUGCCGGACGUGGCUGCCCUCCCCCUGGUGGCCUGUCGGGCAGGAGGUGCACCAUUGGUCCGGACCCACCGUUCCUCUCGUACUGGGCGGGGCUCCUGUCGCGACGUGGCGACGUUGUUAACG